CGUUACUGCCGGUUCUCCGCCAUGUCUUCACUUGGUGAGCUGCUGGAACGAUUAUCACGAAAGAACAGAAAUUUUUAUUCGUUUACAAUUUUUCCUUUCACUAACUCAAUUGUACAUUUAAAAUAAAUUCCAGCAUUAUUUUAGAGGAAAUUUUCAAAUGUAAAUACCAAAGAAAUAAUCGACACAUUUUUUUUUUCAACAUUGUGGCGCAUUGAAUUAUGGGUGCGCUCUUGUUUUCCUAUUCAGUGUUCUAAUGGCGAUUGUCUGAUGAGCAACGCUACAACCUUAGCGGAGAAACAAUGGCUAAUGAUGCGCAUGUUACAAAAGACCUUUUGUCUGCUGCUUUGGAUGAAUCUGGAAUUGGAGAUCUUACUGCUUUUGAUGAAUCUGAUGACUUGUUUACCCUGAAUGACAACCUUGUUGAUGUACAGCCUGUUACUCAACCUGUUGCAACUGCUGUAAAUGGUUACAUUGAUGGAAGUCAGAGUAAUAUCUAUUCAUCAGUCACGACACAAGCGCCAGUGACGAUACCUCAACCAAAAAUAAUAGCAUCCAAUCAAAUAAGACCACGUGUAGUUUUACAGCCAACCAAUCACAGCCUUACAAACUCUAAUUCUCAGGUUAUUCGUGUUGUUAAGUCGUCUGGUGGGAAUAGCCAAGUAUUGCAAAUCACUGGAGCUAAUAAUUCUUACAUUCAGAAUACCGCAAUCAGUCAGACUGGCAGCAAAAUAAUCUCACUAACUCCUAAAAAUGUUGGUUCGCAAAGUGGUUUACCAAACUCGUUUGCUGGACAGAAGAUCUACAUCACUACAACAAGUAGCACUGGGCGCAACAGUCCAUUGCUCACCGAGGUUAACUCCGGGAAACCAUUACAAAUCCUCAGUCAGCUUGGGCUGACGGGCAGCAAUGUCAAAGUGAACACAAUAACAUCAAAUAAAAUAAAGCCGAGCGUUUCAAACGUUGUGAAGAAUGUGACGCAAACGACAGUGACAACUCCUAGUCCUCAGACUACUACUGUCAAUAAAACACAAAUGGCUAACAUGACAAAACCAAACCAGAUGAACAAUGUUAUGAAUGCUAACCUAACAAACGGGGCCGGUAUACGCCCAUCUGUUACUAGUAAAGACUUGUCUCGGCUUUGGUCACAAGAAGAUAUCAAGUUGAAGAACAUUAAUUCAUACACAGCUCCUGGGAUCAAUAUGCCACUUCGCACACCUCAUUAUCAUCAUCACCACCAUCACCAUCACCACCAUCAUCAUCAUAACAACAUACCAGAAGAAGAAGAAGUUGAAGAAGAGAUUGAGGAACUUGGUCAAGCUGAAACAUAUUCUGAAUAUAUGCCAACCAAAUUACGUAUUGGUGAAAAACACCCCGAUGCUGUGGUCGAAUCAAGUUCUUUAUCCAGUGUGGAACCUCCAAAUGUGCGGUACAAAGUUCAUCUUCCUGACUCAACUAUAGACACUGGCCAGUUAUCAGCCCUUCAGUUAGAAUCAAUUACAUACGCCUGUCAACGCCAUGAUACCAUCAUGCCAAGUGGAGAUCGGGCUGGAUUCCUUAUUGGUGAUGGGGCUGGUGUUGGAAAAGGCCGAACAGUUGCUGGAAUUAUUUUUGAAAAUUAUUUGCAAGGCAGAAAACGUGCACUUUGGUUCAGUGUCUCUAAUGACUUAAAAGUUGAUGCUGAGAGAGAUCUAAAAGAUAUUGGAGCCUCAAAGAUAGAAGUCCAUCCAUUAAAUAAGUUCAAGUAUGCAAAGAUUUCAUCAAAAGAAAAUGGUAGCGUGAAGAAAGGUGUAAUAUUUGCUACAUAUUCCUCAUUGAUUGGUGAAAGCCAGUCUGAUGGAAAAUAUAAAACCCGGUUGAAACAAAUUCUAAGAUGGUGUGGUGAAGAUUUUGAUGGUGUUAUUGUUUUUGAUGAAUGCCACAGGGCCAAAAAUUUGUGUCCUGUUGGUUCUAGUAAACCAACCAAAACGGGACAGACAGUACUUGAACUACAGAACAAACUACCCAAAUCUAGAGUUAUAUAUGCUAGUGCAACUGGUGCAUCCGAACCAAAAAAUAUGGCGUACAUGACACGACUUGGAUUAUGGGGUCAUGGUACACCAUUUAAAGAAUUCAAUGAUUUUAUACAGGCUGUGGAGAGACGUGGUGUUGGUGCUAUGGAACUUGUAGCUAUGGAUAUGAAACUACGAGGCAUGUAUAUAGCUCGUCAGUUGAGUUUUGUCGGAACUUCUUUUCGAAUAGAGGAAAUAACUCUUUCAAAAGAUUUUGUGUUAGUUUACAACAAAUCAGUGGAAUUGUGGGUACGAGCACGAGAAUUGUUCCAAAAAGCAGCCGAAUUAAUUGGAGCUGAGCAGCGAAUGAGAAAGUCAAUGUGGGGACAGUUUUGGUCUGCACAUCAACGCUUUUUCAAGUAUCUCUGUAUAUCGGCAAAAGUGGGACACUGUGUGAAACUCACUCGAGAAGCAGUCAAAAAUGGAAAGUGUGUUGUAAUUGGCCUGCAAUCUACUGGUGAAGCCCGUACUUUGGAACAGCUCGAGGAACAUGGUGGGGAGCUCAAUGAUUUUGUCUCAACUGCUAAAGGUGUUUUCCAAACAUUAGUCGAAAAACACUUUCCUGCACCUGACAGGCGAAAAACAAUGGAUUUCCUCAAUCUGGGAGGAUGUAAGAGCGAUGGUUUUUCAGAUAAUGGUUCCAGUUUGAACAGUAAUAUGAAAAGAAAGAAAGGGAACAAUCAAGAUGGGAAUGCAAAACGUCAAAAGACAGACUUUUCUGAUGAUUCCAGUUCAGACAGCAGUGAUAUAAGUUUAAGUCUAAGUGAGACUUCUGAGUCCGAAUCUAGUGAUGAUUUUAAUCCAUUUGGUAGUGGCUCAGACAGUGAUGAAGAUCCUUGGUUAAAGAAGUCAAAGGCUAAAUCUAAAAACAAAGUAAAGAAGAAAAAGUCCAAGAAAAGCAAGAAGCAUAAGAAUAACAAAGUGGAAGACGAUGACGACGAGGAUGAAGAUGCUCAGUUUGAUAAAGCUUUAGCUGCUGUGGGAUUAUUGAAGAAAAGUAACUCAUUGUCUACUGACAGUAACCAUUCUUCCUUAUUCAACAAUACCAUUGGUAUGGAUAGCAUUGACAAAGCUAUUGCUAUGAAAAGAGAAUUGCUGGAAAGUAUUGAGAAACUAUCAGAUAUUCUUCCCCCAAAUACUUUGGAUCAUUUAAUUGAUGAACUUGGGGGUCCUGAAAAUGUAGCCGAAAUGACAGGUCGGAAAGGGAGAGUCGUGACUAAUGAAGAUGGUGCUGUGUGUUAUGAAUCAAGAAGUGAACUGGAUGUUCCACUUGAAAUUUUAAAUCUCACAGAAAAACAACGCUUCAUGGAUGGUGAAAAGAACAUUGCUAUCAUAUCUGAAGCUGCCAGUUCAGGAAUUUCACUUCAAGCCGAUCGAAGAGCUCGGAAUCAAAAGAGAAGAGUUCAUAUAACAUUGGAAUUACCUUGGAGUGCAGAUAGAGCUAUACAGCAGUUUGGUCGGACACAUCGAUCAAAUCAAGUUAGCGCUCCCGAAUACAUAUUCCUCAUAUCAGAGCUAGCAGGAGAACGGAGAUUUGCUUCUACAGUUGCCAAAAGACUUGAAAGUCUAGGCGCCUUGACACAUGGUGACCGGCGAGCAACAGAAACGAGAGAUUUAAGUCGUUUUAACUUUGAUAACAAAUAUGGCAGAACUGCUUUGGAAGCAGUGAUGAAAUCCGUACUGAGAUACGAAGCUCCACUUGUUGCAACACCAUCAGAAUAUUCUGGAGAUUUCUUUGAAGAUAUCAAGAAUUCAUUGAUUGGUGUUGGUAUGAUAGCUGUAGAUGAACGUCUUGGAACUCCCCUCUUAGAAAAAGAAUAUAAUAACAUCAGUAAGUUCUUAAACAGAAUCCUUGGAAUGCCUGUGGAACAACAGAAUUCUCUAUUUAAAUACUUCUCAGAGACAUUAACAGCUAUUAUCUUGGAUGCAAAGAGAAAUGGACGCUGGGACAUGGGUAUCGUGGAUUUGGGUUCUGGAGGAGAAAGCGUUAAAAAACUGGAAUCUAAAAUAUUUGUUGGUAACACUGAUUUGAACAAAGCCAGAACUGAGUUGCAUACAGUAAGUGUGGAGCGUGGAUUGUCCUGGAAUCAAGCAAUAGAUAUUUGGAAAGAAUGCAAAGGUCAAGAUGAUGGAUUUUAUCUAUCGGCACAGAUGAGAAAUGGUAAAAAGACUGCUGUGCUUGCUGUUAUGCCAACAUCAGUGAAGAAGAAAGAGAGGAUGUACCACGUCUACCGUCCAAAUACUGGUUUACAGCCUCGUUCAGAAACACCAGCUGAGUUGAAGAAGAAAUUCAAGAAGGUGAUGCCAGAUGAAGCACACAGUUGGUGGAAUGAUCAAUAUCACUCUUCAGCAAAAACAUGUAUCCAUGCUUACUGGAAAGGAAAUUGUAAAAAGACAAGCAUGGGACUACAUUGUGAAAUAGGUUUACGUACAAGGACUUACCACGUACUAAGUGGUUCAGUCCUUAGUGUCUGGAGUAAAGUAGAGAGUGUGCUUGCAUCAUUACCCGGAGGUGCCAGCUCCAAAAUGCAGAUAAUCCGACUUCGAACUGAUGACAAUCGCAGAAUUGUUGGAAGUUUAAUUCCUGGGAAUUGUUUGAAAGCCUUGUGUAAUGUAUUAUCUCAAGACUCUGCUCACACAUACACAGAAACUCCAGACAACAGUGUCAAUGAAAACGUGCACCUCAGUAUGCCAGUGCUUUUAUGAUCUCCCUACCACUGGGGUAGUAAGCAGGAGCUCACUACCAUGUGUCUUUCAUCAAAUAAUAAUAUUAAUAAUAAUAAUAAAGAGACUGCGAUUUACAUUUGUUAUAUUGUCAUUGCUGAACCUCUCUUACUUUGUGGGGAUUUGUUUACUGUAUUUUUGUUUCCCAUUUUAUUUGGUAUUUAUACUGGAUUCCAUUUAAAAGACAAAAAAAAAAUUAAAUAAAAAAAAAUAUCAAAUAACCACAGGGUCUGAGGGGUUUUGUAUAUUUGGUGUACACACAAACUAUUUGCAACUUUGAAUCUCUUGAGACUUGAUGAAAAUUGUAUUUUAAUAGAAUGUCUUUUUUUGUUUGAAGAAACAUCAUGAAAAGUUAAUCUUUCACAUCCAAUUCAACCUUUGACAUAAGCAUAAUUAUUAUUAUUGUUUUUUCUUGUCCUUGAUUGAGCAACUAUGGAACCAAUAUUCAAACCUCUGUUUGCUUUGUUGAAAUAUAAUUAUGUGAAAAACCUGUUACGACUGUAGGCAGCCUAUUUCCCAUAGGACCAGGAAUGUGAACCUACACGUUAUGAUAUCCUUGAUGUUUAUCAACAGAUAACUGUAGAUUUGUGGUGGAAAUUCAAAGGGUGUAUAUGUGAGGUUGACUACAUCUUGAACUGGAGGAGGAAGAGUUUGGUGUCUAAGCAAAUUUCUAAAAAACAGUUUUAUUGACCAGUUUGUCAACUGAUUGGAAAUACUAUCCCAGUUAACGAUUGUUGCCUAUGGAAUCAGGACACCCGUUGAAGAUCAACUUUUUACUGAUGUUCCUUAUCAAUAUAGUCAGUUAUAUUAGAAUGUGUUCAAAGUGCAUCCAUUGUAAAUGGGACUUUUAAAAGGUUUCUCCGUGUACAUCUUGUGUGUGCAUGCAUGUCUGUGUGGGCAUGUGUGUGUAUAUAUAUAUAUAUAUAUAUAUAUAUAUAUACAUACAUACACAUAAACAUGCACACAUAUAUGUAUAUACACACACAUCUAUAUAUAUAUGUGUGUGUGUAUGUCUAUAUGUAUAUAAAUAUAUAUACAUAUACACACAUAUCUGCAAAAUGUAAUACCUGUGAAAAUUACUACAGCUUAGCAUUUGUGGUACAUAGACGGCAGUCUAGAUAGGAAUGUAAUUUUUUUCUUCUCAUUCAUUUCUCCUAUUCUGCUGCUAAUUUCUAUUGUAACUAUAUUUGCCAUUUUUAUAGCUGCCUUUUCAUAGAACAAUCACAUACACAUUUUCGUUUUUUUUUAAUUUUUUUUUUUUUAUAUAUAAUAUUCCUCUUUUCCAUUUGUUCAUCAACUAGAACAAUGCUUCAGCUGUAAACAGGUGGUUAUUAUAAUCUGAGCAGCACUGCAUCCACCCCACCACAUCACCAUCACCUAAUUACAACCAUUUUGAGGAUCUCUUCACUGCCAAUUGCAGAGAUGAAACUUGAAUGAACGAAAUUCUUCAUGGAAGUUCUUUAACUCAAUUACAACUGAUUUACCUUGAAUUAAAUGUUUAUUGAGUCUGUUAAUUCUUCAUUAGACUGGUUAUCAUAAUUUCUCCUUAAUUAUUCUUUCAACAUUCCUCAAAGUGCCAAAGGCAAAUAUCCAGAUUCGAGGCUGUUUCUGAUUUUUUUUACCCCUGCCCCUUCUCCCUACUUUUUAAGUAUUCAGUUUUGAGUCCUUACCAAAAUAUAUUUUAUAUUUCUAUUGAGAUAUUGUGAAAAAGAAAUCCAUUUUUAAUAAGAAAAUAGUAAUUUUUAGAUAAAGUUUGAAAAAAAAAAAAACCAAGCAUCUUCCUUAAAUCCUCAAGAGUAACGAUGUUAUUGUUUAGCCCUAGGUUUGCCCUGAUUGAGCUGACCUAUGAUCAAAUGUAUUCUUGCUGUACCUAGGUUUAUUUGCAGGCAUAGUAUACCUAGUACUACAACAGCCUUGUUUAAAGCAGAGUGUAAUUUGAGGGAGAUGUGACUGUUAGCUCUCCUAGCAAAGAGACUGUUUUGAUUUGGGAAAAUUUAAUUAGAAUAAGUGAUUAGUAUUUAAUUCUUAUUCAGGAGAAUAUCCCAAAGAAUUGAUAUUGUUAAUGGAUCUUAUCUAAUUAGAUGAAUUUCAUUAAUUAUCAAUUUUGAUAAUUCUUAAGAGAUCCCGUUUUUGUUUAUGAUUUCGACUCAGAAUUUAAUGUCAGAAUUUUAGUUAAUUCUUAUCAACAUUUUCAUUUAAUAUUCAUUUCAACAAAACCUAUUUGACAUUCACACACACCAUUGGUAGAAUAUUACAUACAUGAAAAAAAGAAAAAAAAAAAAAAUUCAAAUUUUAUGCCAUAUUUCAGUUGAUACCUUUCAAGUUGGUUAAAGAUUUUAGAAACUUGAAUGAAUAUAAGAAAAAAAGAAAAAAAUUACCAAACAUUUAAAACUGUUUUAGAAGUAUAUAACUCAAUUUGUCUGUAUAUUCUUGGUAAUAAUUUUCAGUGUUAGUGAGAGAGAAUAUAUCUGAGUGUGUCUGUGAAUGACAAAAUUACAUACAAAACAUUUGUCACCUACAAAAUUUUGCAUGUGACAAUUUUUCUUUAGUGAUAUUAUUUCAGAUAAACUUCAUAAAAAAAAAUUUUUUUUUUCACUCAAUUCUUAGUCAAUGGGUCCAAAUGUAUGUGUUAUUUAUUUUUUUAAUCAACUUUUCCUGAUAUUUAUUUAUUAAAUUUUUUUUUCAAAGUUUUUACAUCCAAACAUUUUUUUUGUCAUCAUCAAUGCUUGUUAUUGAAACUUUUGUGCUCAAUUUCAUGAAAAUGUCUCCUGUAUCACCUUCCUCAGAUGGAAAAAUCUAAUUGAGAUUCAUAGAGUUUAUAUAUAUCAAAACAAAAAAAAUAUAUAUAUAGAAAUAUUCUAAUCGAGUCAGAAAUGUAGCUGCUUCUAAAAGCAGUAAAUAUUUGUAAGAUGGAUAAAACAAACAUUAAUUUCACUAGUUUGUAUAUAUAUACAUACCUACCUACACACACACACACAUAUAUGUGCACUCACAUAUACAUACAUCAAAUUUAAAAGAAGCAUUUUUGUUGAGAGGAAAAGUUUUUCAUUGUGUCUAUGUACAUCUGCUUACCUUAUAUGUCUGUUUAUUUAAACAGUGGCGGGAACUCUGCCCCACCUUUUGGUUUUUUUUUUUAAACAUUCCACAGUAGUUUCAUCAGCUGUAACUUGAAAAGUACCCCUACAUAUACAUAUAUAUACACACACACACACGUGGUAUGAAAACUGCAUUUUAUUGUUUCUUGUUUUGUUUGCUUGUGUAUGUUUUAAAACAAGCUGCCAUUCCUAAAAGUGGCCCUUACCAAAUUUGUAAAAAUUAGUUUUCACCAUUACUUCAUCCAGUUCAUGAUUUUAUUUUUCAUAUAUUUUUUUGGUUCUUAAUCCUGCAUUUCUGUCUGACAGAAGAACAAUUCUCCUCUCUUCAAUGUUUGUGUAUGUUGUUACAGCUUAGUUAAUAAAAUAUAAUAAAAAAAAACAUAAUACGAAUUCCCCAUUAUGCUGCUUGAUAUAAAAAAAACAAAUUAAAUGUAUCUAGAAGAACAUUUUAUAUACAUACAUUAAUAUAUAUAUAUAUAUAUAUAAUAUAUAUAUAUGAUGUAUGACAACUGCUGGGAGAUCCGGUUAGCUGUAAAAUCCACCUGUCCUGUUGCUACUCCAGGGAAAGAUUUUAUUGAACAUUUUACUCAAGUCACUAAGUGGUGACUAAAUAAUGUAUUCAUAUGUAAUUAUUACCAAUUUGACUUUGUACUGAACAUUAAACAUUCAUUGAUAUUAUUCAUUAAAAUUAGUCCAAUUACAUGAGAAUUGUGGCUUUCAAGUCUCAAUUUAUCUCUCCUCUCACCAUUCAGUUAUAGUUAUAUUAUAAUCAAAUAAAAUCUAAAAUGUAGGUUUUUACCUUUUUUUUUUUUUUUUUUUCGUCUCCAAAUAUUCUCUUCAUAAAUAUGUUUUCCUGUAUAUUGUUCUGUCUGUUGCAUUCUAUUUAAUUACAGAUCGCCAAGAUACUACCAUUACCAGAACUGCUGUCAUUUAGCUUUAUGUUUAUAUAUAUAUAUAUAAAUAAAUAAAAUUCAAUACUUCAAUAUAAA